ACAACAUGAUUAAUGGAGCAAGGAGAAUGUUGAAUGCUUUAAAUGCCAUCGACUGGGGCACUUCAAUCAUGAAUGCUCUGAGUGGAACAAUCCUCACCAGUAUGUCUACUACUCCAAUUCCUAUCCUCAACAAGACAGGAGCAUGGUUUCGAUUUUAUACCCGUUUUUUAUGUGGGUAUGGCUAUGGGCAAAACCCGAACUACUUUGGGUAUGGUAAUUGAUAUGCACUAUUCAUUUCCGACCCGACCCAUUGACAUCCCUAGGUUAGGGUUGCCCUUUUUUAUUGUAAUGAUUUUUAUUUUUCUUAUUUUAUUAAUUUUAGAUGGAAAGAUAAAAUUAAUAUUAAAAAUCCCACUUCAGAUAUUACAUGACUUACAUCAGCGCUGACUGUAUUUUCUGUUUAAUACUAACGGUCAAUGUCUGUUAACUCUAAGAAAACAUAAUUCAGAAAUAAAAUAUUAAAUAUUUAGGAACACAAAUAAUAUUUUUUAAUAGUUAGGAUUUUUUAGGGUUAUUUGCCCAAAAUUAGAAGUGCAACUAUAAAGAGAGACCCGGCCCAUGAAUUGGCCAUGUUUCAUAUGGGCGUUCCUAAUCCAUAGUAGAUUCGGCAUUCAUGUUUUUCUUUGCGUCUAUUAAUAGGAGUUCAAAUCUCUGCCUCUCAUCUACCGCCGCAUCCUUUCUCCUUUACCGGCGGCGUGCUAAUCUUCGUGUUCAUCCUGUAGUUGUACCGCUGCCAUGGCCACCGAGAACUGCACAUCCGACCCACUGGAGCUAAGAUUAGGUCUUCUCCCUUGCGCGUCCAGGAAACGACGGCGGGUCGAUGACUCGGAAGUAGUAAACCCUCGUUCUCCGAUCAGCAAUCUCGGUGACGAUCUCCUAGCAGAAGUUCUGAUUCGCCUUCUGGAACCCAGAUCCGCCUGGCAAUGCAAAGCAGUCUGCAAGCGAUGGAAGUCUCUGAUUUCCGAUCCCCACUUCGUUGGCCGUUUCAUUUCUCACCACCAGAGCAGAUGGAACCGAUACGGCGGCGGCGAAUUCGAAGAACCACCUUUGAUGGCCUCAUGCUUCGGCGAAUCCAUUUUGAGCUUCCUCCCCCUGCCUGAUAAAUUAGGUUUCGAACAACGAUGGUAUUUCCGAGUUUUUGAUUCCUACAAGGACUUGGUUUUGUGCGGAUUUACCGAGGCAGGGGGAUUUCGUGCCGAAUAUUCGAGAUCUCUCUUCCUCUGCAACCCGUUUACGGAGCAGUGGAUCGCUCUUCCUCUAGCGCCUGAAUCGUGGCGGUCUUCUGCGAUUGGAUUUAAGGAGGCAAGGUUAGUUUGUGAACCCCGCUCUAAUGUUGAACUUGAUCUAGGAGAUGGCCAAAAACCAUUUGUUUAUUCCUCUGCAUAUCGGUUUCGGGUGGUCUGUAUAUAUCACUUUCCCGAUUCUAUAAGGAUAGACGUGUUUUGUUCCGAGUCUGGAGAGUGGACGAAGGAGGCUCUUGUUCUUAAUGAGCAUUUCAUAUGGGUUGAUAUUAAUGUAGUUUCUACAUCGUGCAACGGAGGGUUGUUUUGGUUCUGUAUGAAUUCCAGAGUUUUGGGGUCUCAUCCAAUAAUUGCUGGGUUUAAUCCCUUUCGCCUUGAUGUACCUCCCAUCCGAUUUAACGCUUCUCGACUCCCCACGGGUAGCUGGAAUAUUUCGGUCUCACAAGGUGCUCUACACCUAAUUUCACUUAGGCAUAUAUCUGCUCCACCUACAUUUUUGAGUGUUUUGAGACUGGAAGAAGACCGUAAAUCUUGGAGUAUACAACAUAGAACCGUGUUGGGGAGGACAAUCAAACAUUGCGGCUAUAAACUUAAGGACUGCAAUGUAGCUGGUUUGCAUCCAGAGAAGCCGCACAUUGUCUUCUUCAAACAUCCUGGUUUUAAUUAUCAUCAUCCUCAUGGUGUUGUACUGUCCUACGAUAUGAAGACUGGAGAGCUAGGGUUCUUUGGUGAGUUUGUUCCCAGAUUCCAGCCUAGGGUUUCUUGCUGGCCUACCCCGAUUCCAAGGUACGAGGAACUGCGAGCUAUAUACGAUGGGCGACACAGCUGUUGGGUUCAACAGAGCAGCCACAAAGCAGCAACUCUCUCCCUGAACAAUCGGUAAUAAUCUACUCAUGCUUGUACAAAUGUUUACUUUCUUUUAUGCAUUUGUUUGCAUCUGUGUUCGGGUUUAGGAAUUCACUAAUAGUGUCCGAAACAAGUUUCUCCUAGAAAACAACAUGUCAGCAACCACAUCAAGAACUCUAUUCCCUCCUGAAUCGGUAGGAUGAAAAAGGAAGCUGUCUUUUGUUGAGUAGCACAAACACAUACUUUGCAUACAUGUCUCUGCUUCCUUUCUAAUCGCUUGAGAAGUCUGAUGUGUUUGCAAACCUCUGCUCUUCUUGUUGCUAAUUUUACUUUUCAUUCCAUUUAUGCAGUGUCUGGAUUGUCAAAGAGAGAAUUAUGCAGUGGCUGGAUUGUCAGAAAAAGAAUCUAUGCAGUGGCUGGUUUAAUUACUAGACCCCUCCCUCCCCAGCAUAUCGAGUUAGGAAGCAGAAGGCGGUGAAACUUGAAAGGCUAGCUCGUGUUGUUCAGAAGGAUGGCGCCAUUGGAUGAAAAUUCAUCUGCAAUUAGUCUUGCCUUGUUGGAAUGCAUGUGAUCAAUCUUAUUCAAGAUGACCAGAAAGCAAGAGUGACCAGUGUUCUUAACUUUCCCUGUACUAUUAUUGCCUGCGCCAUGGUUUUAGGCGCUGCAACUUGUUUAUGUAUCCAAAGUUUCUCUGUAAGAUAGUUAUUUAUUCAGCUGUCAUGGAAUGCACAUUGGAUGCUUACAUAUAUAUAUUUCUCCAUGAUUCAUUACCUUCCAGCUCCAUAAAAAAUGAAACAGUGAUAUCGUAUUUCAGUUGUCAAUUUUGCUGCAAUGAGUUCCCUGUAAAAGCCCAGAUGGGGAACAUGACCAGUUUUUUGGUCAUAGAUACAACAGAUGGGGGAAAACAUGACCAAUAAGUUCGAAUGAGAAGGAAAAGAAGUGAGAUAGUAGAACUUUUCCACUUUUCUUAUGGCUGUAGAUGGGUUGGGCGGUUUACGUUAAUUUAUUUUAAUCACUUGAUCUAUACACUUCGGUUUUGAAAAUAAUAAAUCUAAAUUUAUCUAAAUAUUUAGAACCCUACGAUUUGUUUAUGAUUGGCUUGGGUCUGGUGGGCUAUACGUUUAUGAUUGGCUAUACGUUUAAGAUUAUAUAAAUAAUUAAAAUUUCAAUCAAAUAAGUCAAACCGAAAAACAUCAAAUGCAUAGAAAUUGUUGUUUGGAUCUUGAUGAAAUGCAAUUUGAUUUAACGUAUAUCUAGUAUUUUUCAUAAAAAUUAGCUAAAAUAAGCUAAAUACAUUAUUAAUUAUAAGUUAACGUAUCCAUAAUAUGUUAUUUUUCUAAAAUUGUACACACACAAAAAAAAAAAGACAACGUGAGCCAUAGUCUUAAAGUUAUCCAAUCUUUGAUCCAAUGACUUGAAUUUGUAUAAAAACAUACCUAAUUUAACGUGGUAGAGGCCCCUGGACUCGACUCGCAUCCAUGCUUCUCGAAUUGAGUUCCAAAGUAGGCUUCACAAACAUGUUCCCAGACUUAGCCAUUUUCAGGUAGUUUCCAAGUUUUGGCAUAGCUUUUUGAUAGGUUCAAAAAUGGUGUUAUGGACUUCCUAUUGAGCUCCCAAGUACUUUAAUGUGUAGAGGGACACUUCAGCUUCAAAACAAGCCAUUGAUCUCCAAUUUCCAUCUAGUCAAUUGUAAGAUAUGAAUCUCCAAAUUAGACACCGUGAAACUGUUUUUACACUGAAACAACAUAUUAGGUCGACCGAAAAGUGCAUGUCACAGUAGCAAAGUCCUAAAUCUGAAUUCAUCUAACUAUUUAGAAUCCUACGAUUUGUUUAUAACUGGGUUGAGUCUAGUGGGCUAUACGAUUUACGUAAAAACUCAACCCAACACUAAAAAGAUUAUAUAAAUAAUUAAAAUUUCAAACAAAUAAGUCAAAGCGAAAAACAUAAAAAUGUAUAGAAGUUGUUGUUUGGAUCUUGAUAAAGUACAAUUUGAUUU